AGUUCAUUUUCUACCCCAGUAGUACCACUUACCCGCUUUGAAUUCUUUAUUUUCUUUACGCCCAAUGCCAAUAUAAUUUAAAUUUUCUGUGAAUUUGACAACCCCGUAUCUGUGAUGAAGGCCGCCCAUUUAUUAUUGUACUAUUGUUGCGUAGAAAUCAGUUCGCAUUGGUAGGUUUUGCGUAUUGAUUGUAUUCAGGACGAUGCCCGAGCCCGACGAGGGGGAGGCACAGAUGAACAUUACAGCCAAGAACCCAACUGAAGGGCAGGGUGACGUGGUCGACCAGGAGAUGACAACACCAGGUCCGCAAGAACACCAGGUCGUCCAAGAGCAGCAGGGCAUGGCCUUUGCGAGUCUGCUGCACAGUCAGGAUAUUUUGCAGCAGGAGGAGGAAGAGAAGUUAAUAGCAGUAGCACGAGCGUCAUCGAAGGAAAGAAAGGUAGCAGAAGGCGAGGACGAGCACACGGCUGAGACAGUUGUACGAGAGCCUUCACCGGAUGAGGGCCAGCAGGAUGAAAAGCAAAAUGCAGGAUCUUCCCCGACUUUGAUCGACAUCGACGUCGGGGCCAUGCUGGGCCCGAUCUUGGAUCACCUCGACGAGGAAGAGAAGGAGGUGAAGAAGCAGGUGCAGAUCGCGGAAGUCGAGGAGGCAAAGACCACCGCGAAUACUAGUAAGUCUGGUCGGCUGGCCGGAACAGCAGGCUUGUCCAUUUUGGGGCGGUGGAAGAAGAAGGUGCGCCAACUGCAGAUGGGCAUGCGGGUGGCGAAAACCCUGGAUGAGCUGCACCAAGCGGUGAGACAGAAAGACCCCGUGCUUUUGAACCAGAUGGCGCCGUUGCAACGGCUGAUCACGCAGGGGUCGGAGAAAAUGAUCACCGAGGUGGCGACCGCGGUGCCGAAGGACGACUUGUUCCGAAAGAGAGGGGACGAGGAUAUCAAAUGCAAAUAUGUCUGGGUCUGGAAGAUUGGAAGACUUGUCAUGCACAUUUUGCAUAACCCAUGAUGUCUGUGAUGAAUGCGGUAGCAUCACAGUUUUUCUGAGGGCCUCCUGAUGCCUAUACCGCAUGAGAAAUGCCCACUCGGCGUAGCAAAGACACGACUUCUCUUGCUGCUUAUGCAAUACAGAUUUUUUUAGAAUCCAAGGACAGCAUGACAGGUUGCAUCCUUCCAGACCCAGACAUAUUUGCAGUGCAUAGAGGAGGUUGAGAAGCAACUCCUGCUGGACGCGCAAAACGUCGACAUCCUGGACGUGCUCCAGGAGGUGGAGAUUUCCGACCACCAGAAACAGAUGGAGAUGAUUGACAAGCGGGGACGGCAGGCCGCGAAGGAGGAGCGGAAGCGGCAACGGCAAGCGAAGUACAAGCAGCAGGCGCAGGAUAAAGCACUAAAAGUUUUAUUCUUCGACCAGAAUCACCAUCCCUAUCAAAUGUAAAAAUGUCUGGGUCUGGAAACUUGUAAUGCUGCGUUGGGAAAAGUGAAUGCUCUGUAAUGCACGGGCAAGCAUGAGACAUCUCUGCGCUUCUUUGUGUUGCGUUUUUCGCAUGACAAACUGCGUUUUUGCAUGACAGGCAACAGGGUCUCUUCUUGGACACGCAUCACAAGCUUUGUGGUCCUGCCAGACAAGCAUGACAAAUCUCGCAAUUUUCCAGACCCAGACACUUUUACAUUUGAUAAUCCCUACCGCCGGUCAAAAUCCACCGGGACCUCGAAGUCCUCGUUGGAUCUCGGCACGGAGGAAAGUAGGGACUCCUCGGAAGAAAAGAUGAGAACAACCGGAGCUUCUCCUGCGCAAGAACAACCGCAUCAGUUGACGGGGAGCCACCGUGGCACGCACCCAAGCACGACGGACAGCUCGUUUCAGUCCAUGCGGAGGAAGUCGAAGGACCUGCUCGCGCAACAGCAGGAUUACGUCGUGAGGCCGCGGAAGAACAGCCGGGACCGGCAGGUUUCGGGGGCGGCGUACCCGGACCCAAGGGAGCCGUUUCCCGUCACCCCCGAGGAGAAGCGGAAAGCGCGGUUGUGGCGGAUUUUCAAGCGGUCGGAAGACGCCAAGGUCUCCGUGGCGAAACACAAUUUGCGCGCGAAGCUGCAGAACAAGCCGCCCGCCCCCGGCGGCGUGGCGGACUUCCGGAAGGGCGCGAAACGCAACCUGCCCUUCCCCCGCGACGCGAUCGCGCGGGCGGCACUGACAAACUUAACGUACCAAAACGAGCUGAUAUCCAAGAAAAACUCGCUGCAAAACAACCUCGGGAAGGUAUCAAACCGAAAAAUCCCCCCUCCCCAUAUCGAAAACGAAAUUUGCGAUGCUGGAUUUGAGUACACAAAUCGACUUGUAAUGCUGGAAGGCCAAGAGCCGCAGUUGUGGCCUCGGGUGCAGGCAAUUUGUCAUGCUGUUUUCCACUUCCAGUUGCUCUCUGUCAUGCUGAAGGCGCAAGGCUUUCCCACGCCAACCAGCACCACGCUCCGCAUGUCUUUCCUUCUAGCAUGACAGAGCUGAUUUGUCACCACAAAUCUGCAUCACAAAUUUCUAGUUUGGGGUGGGGGGAUUUUUCAUUUUUAUAGAAGGUGAUUGCGCGGCCGGAGCAGUUCCCGUUCACGUCGGAGGAGCUGGAGCUGGCCGGGUUAUCAAACGUAAAAAUGUCUGGGUCUGGAAGAAUCCGAACUUGUGAUGCUGCAUUUGGAUUCUAAAAAAAUUUUUAUUGCAUGACCAGCAAAGGAUAUGCAAUUUUGGCUACGCGGCGAGAGCAUUUGUCAUGCGGAAUACGUAUCACGAAGCCCUCAAAAAGUCUGUGAUGCUUGGGCAUGCAUCACAGACAUCGUGGCCCAUGCAAAACGUGCAUGACAAGUUUCAGAAUCUUCCAGAUCCAGACAUUUUUACAUUUGAUACGGGUACGGGGAAAACGAAAACGCGGAGACGAACCCCUUUCCGGAUGUGCUGCACAACAUGUCGGGGAGUAAUUCCACGAUGGGGGGUAAUAUAGGCGCGCAGCUGGGGUCCUACAUGGAGACCAACUUUGGAGACGAAAAUAUUACUACCCAUUCGGUUGUUCAACAUGACCUCGAGAAGAUGUUGGAACAGCAGGCACACGCCCACGAAGCAGGUCUGAGCGGACCAAUGUCCGUCGAUUUGGAGCAGUUCCGGGAUAUUUCCUUGCAGUCCCUGGACCCCUCGGAAAUCAUGCCGGCUGCUGUUGCGGCCACGGUCACCCAGCAGGCGGAAAAGCUGCAGGAAACGCUGCGGAAGAAACCGGCAAAGAGGCUGCACAAGGACAUGGUGCAGGAGUCGCAGGCGCGGUCGCCUUGGUCGCCACUGCCCAAAACGGACGUAGAGGAGAUUCUGCUGGAACAACAGAAAGCGAAAGCGAACACGGGCAUCAACCUGUACCACCCCCUGGCGAACCCGACGGACCGCUUUUUGCCCAGCUUUCUCUUCCCCCACCCGGCGGUCCACGGGGACUACGACUUUUUUCACGAAGACUUGCCCUAUCUGAUUCAGAAGCAGCAGCUAUCCAAUCGAUGGAGCAAAAGUCGUGCGUUUAAAAUGAUCGCAUGGUCGUAUGAAUUGCAUAGAUAAAUGAUAGGCAAAAACAUGAAAAUGAUCCCUUUUCCUUUACUUAAAACUCGUUUUAGAAUUACAUCAACAAUAAAUAAAAAUGCAAUUGGUACUAAGUGCGAUUAUACCGAUACAUCACGUACUAGUACUUUUGCAAUGCAUAGCAGCACCAGAAGCACGACCUGGAGGACCACGAGUACUUGAUUCUGCCCAUGGCCCGGUUUGCUAACGAGCCUUUGGUCGGCGAAAACCGGGUGCGCUUGGUUUUGUCGAAACUGGAAAAAUUCCCGAUGCUCCGGAAGAACAACGGCAUGUCCCUGCUACCCCCACUACACAAGAACAUCCCGAAGGCGCCGAAGAAGAAGCCGAAGAUCUUCCCCCCGAAGGGCGUCGCGGAUAUGUUGAGGAAGCGGAGGGAGAAGCCGCACGUAACCCACCCGCUGGCGAUCUACCACGACGCGGUCGUGGCGAUCGAGGAGCGGUGUAAGGCCAUGAAGGAGGAGUGCCGGAACAAGCUGAAGGAAAACCAGCUGCGUUCGCGGCGGAUUUGCAUCAAGAACGCGCAGCUGCCGCAUUCCCGGCGCCGGCAGGUGUUGAAGCAGAUCGCCUGCAAGCGGUCGGAGUUGAAGAAGCGACAGUUUUUGGCCGUGAAGCCCGUGAUCAAAGCUGCCGACCCGCCCCCGAAAAAACCCGGGAAGGCGGGCGGCCGCUGGCGGGCGGGCUUCGCGAAGAUCACGGGCAAGAUAUCCUGAGUAAAAACGUCCCCAUUGUACCAGAGUCAAGAUGGGGAAUCGGCUAGACAAGUCCACGAGUUUUGGCUGUUUUGCAUGACAAAUUCGGAGUCGCAGUGUAGUGCUGUUUGAGGUAGUUCAGUAGCAUCACAGAUCUAGUGCAUCACGCUGAUAGGCGCAUUACAAAUUCUCGAACACGACCAGAAAAUGCUUCUCAUGUGUCUCCGCAUGACAACCAUUUUGAGCAUGCCGAUUUGCAUGACAGCUCUGGGGUCGUGGGGACGUUUUUACACAGGAUACAAGAUGCCGCCGACGGAGCGGCCGAGUUCGGGCGGCGGCAAGAAGUCGCUCUUCAUGGCCGCCUUCACGGACCGGGCCGACAGCGACGAGGAGCCCAUUGAGGACGUGGAAGUAAAACCGGACACGCGGCUAGAAUUGGACAAGCUCGAGUCCGUCGACAGCACGACCGUGACCGCGCUGUUGAGUCCGCGAUACGACGGUUCAACCAUGAACCAGGUGGUGCGCCCGGCGGUGACCAGCGGGCCCAAGAACAAGCACGCGUGGCCGCUGCCGGAGGAAUCCAACCUGACCGUCACCCCCUCGACGCAAUUCUACCGGGACUUGACCCUGCAGGGCCCCUGGUACCAGGGGGGCAUGUCGCGCGUGAUUCAGACCAUGCAAAACGAGCAGCCCCAGAACACGAACGCGGGUGUGGAUGCGGCGAAUCUGCUGAAGAAGCAGGACAAGCACCAGCUCCGGGAGUACUCCAUCAAAGACACCGCGGACUGGUAUCCUGAGUAAAAUCGUCCCCACCCCGAUCCCAGAGUUGUGAUGCAAAUGUGCAAUGACAGCAACAUUUGUAAUGCGCAGUUCCAUGAGAGGCAUUUCCAAUCGUGUUUUGGAAUUUGUAAUGCCGUAAACAGGAUGAGAAAAUGGCUUUCUAAUGCGGCUCCCCUUGCCAACCACCACUACACUGCAGAGCGAAACUUGUCAUGCACAGCUCCCAAAACUUGGAGACUUGCGUUGCUAGAUUCCCAACUUGACUAUGGGGUGGGGACGUUUUUGCUUGGGAUAACUGGCGCAUCCUGUUCGACUGUUUCUACCCGAAGGAUCGGACGAAAAAGCCGCGGAAGCACCCGAUCCUGAUCCGUACGGAGCAGACGACGAACGCGAGGUUGAUGUUCUCGGAGACGCUUUCGAUGGUGUUGCGGUCUUUGCAUUUGCACCCACUCGGGGACACGAAGCAGAUGCACUUACAGGUAAAGGAGCUGGUGGAGUACCGGGCAAACGCGGCCAGGAUGCAGCUGUCGAAGAUUUUCAAGAAGGAAGUGAAGCAGAAACCGACCAAGUGGAACAAAGACACCUUCACCACCACUAUGCAGAUGUUCCAGCAAACCGAAUCGCCCGCGAUGUUCGAGCAGGCGCAACUGAGCACCGACUGGUACACUGGGCCCCGGGACAAGCAAGCGUCCCUGCCCACGAGCAAGGAGGUCCGGCGGGUGCUGGCGCGGCAACUGGACUACUACGUCACGUGCACGGACGAGUUUAUCGACGCGUUUCGACAGGAUUUUCCGCCGCUGGACGAGGAUACCCAGGCCAUGCUAUGGUGAGCAAAAACGUCCCCACCCCAGAGUCAAGAUGGCAAAUCUGCUUAUACAAAUCAACCAGCUUUGGCUGUUGCGCAUCACAAAUUUGGGCUCGCAGAAGUAUAGUCGUGUUUAGCUAGUGAAGCAGCAUCACAGCUCUAGCAUACCAUGCGGAUGCGAGCAUCACAAAUCGCAAAACACCAGCAAGGCCUGCUUCUCAUGGGUCUCCGCAUGAGAAACAUUUUCAGCAUGCAGAUUUGCAUUACAACUGUGGGUUGGGGACGUUUUUACAAAUGAUAUAUGCUGGACAUGGGCUUGGAGGAGUACCACCCGAAGUUCUGCACAGUGGACCACUUUCUCGAGGUGUUCCAGGCGUUGCGCGCGAACCACGGGUUCAGCAACAACGAGCUGGACGGGAUCACCUACUGGUUUUUGAAGCACCCCUUCUCCGCGGAGUCAGUCCGCCGGUUUUUGCUGCGCUGGGGCUACGCGACGGACUUCGAGGUGCUGUGGGACAGCGCGCGACAGGUGAUUCCGGGAAUCGUGAAGAAGGAGAAGUCAACGAACACAAACAGUACCCAACUACACUCUAUCAACUGUAAAAAUGUCUGGGUCUGGAAGGAUCCGAACUUGUGAUGCGAGUUGCGGAUCAUACAAAGAUCUGUGUUGCAUGACUGGCAAAAGGUGCUCACUUCUGGCCAUGCUGAGAGGGUAUUUCUCAUGCAGAAUAGGCAUCACGAAGGGGCUGCAGAACCUGUCAUGCUAGGCCCCGCAUUCCAGACUUGACAGAGCUUGGAAAAACUGCAUGACAAAUUUCGGAAUCUUCCAGACCCAGACAUAUUUGCAAUGCAUACACUCCGUGUCCCAGUUGUCCCUAGAUGCGACGGGGGGCGCGAACAACCAAAGCCAGUUGCGCCAGGGCAAGGGACGGAGGUCUCUCUCCAAGAUGGACAGCGUGGUCAGCAACGUCGACGAAAGCAAAUUCAAGCCCUUCGAAAGCGUCGGCGACAGCUCGGCGUACUGUUUAUUUUUUAUUUGAAUUUUGUAUUUCGUAUUCGUACUACUACUAUUCUAUGAAGUUUUUCUUAAGAUGUCAACGUAGUGCACUCCCUUGUUGUGCUGCUCCGUUUACUCAUCGGGUCGGAUGGUCUUUCAAGUGCUAUACACAUCUGGAACUUGUAGCAAUGAACACACAUCACAGGUCUUCGAACAACGAAUCCGCCGAAGAGUGGGAACUGCCGGCUAACUGCAAGCUGUGCGUUAUGCUGAGCAAAAACGUCCCCACCCCAGAGUUGUCAUGCAAAUCCGCAUGCCAAGAAAGUUGCUCAUGCGGAGCCCCAUGAGAAGCAUUUUGUAGUCGCGUUUUGGAAUUUGUGAUGCUAGAAUAAGCAUGAUAAGCUAGAUUUGUGAUGCUGCUGAAAUAGCAAAACAGCACUACAAUACGAGAACAAACUUGUCAUGCCAAACAACCAAAGCUGGUUGUUUGUCUAGCAGAUUUCCCAUGUUGACUCUGGUGUGGGGACGUUUUUGCACAGGAUAUGCGUCCCCCAGAUCGCGUACGUGCUGCAACACCUCAUCGCGGCCCAGGAAUUGAAGGUCCGGAAGGUUUACGAGGAGUGUGUGAAGGAAGACCAGCGGCAGCUGCUCGCGAGUGGCAAGUCCGGCCCGGUCGAGGAUUUGCCGAGGUUGAGCGAUACCCAUUUUGACGAGGACUUCCCGCGGUUGCGGUACGCGCCGAUUCCGAGUGAGACCGUUUUGUCCCUGUUGCCGUUCUAUCAAAUGCAAAAAUGUCUAGGUCGAGAAAGUUGGAACUUGUGAUGCUGGCCUUACAUUCCUGAAAAAUCUGUAUUGCAUGACCAGCAAAAGACGUGGCGUCUUCUGUCAUACAAAAACGCAGUUUCUCUUUUGCAGAAAGCGUAUGAGAAAUAACCGUUCUGCAAACUUGUCAUGCUUGGCUGCAUUGGGAAGCGCUUUCAUCAUGAACAGUUCAGCAUCACAGAUUUCCAGACCCAGACAUAUUUGCAAUGCAUACGUUCCCGCCCUACGUGUCGUUGAUGCAGCCCGUGCCCGCGAUCUACACGCAGGACGCGCUGCGGAAGUUCGUGCGCCAGGUGAUUCAGUCCCACGGCUUCUCCACGUCGUUCCUGAUGCUCGCCCGGAACUGCUUCUACCGGAUUGUGGACAAGACGCCCGACCUGAUCGACCUGAACGCGCAAUUCUACCUACCGGAGGUGUUGGCGACGGACGCGGAUAUCGUCUUCGACAGGUACCACACACGGGAACAGCGCAUCAAGCCGGAAGACGGGUCCUUCAUUCUGCCGCCGAAUAGCCCGCUGCUGCCGGAUGCUGCGGCGAGCGGAACUGUAUUAGGAAACAAUAGCAACUCAAGUGCGACAUCAAUAUUACAUAGCGCGAAUCAGGAUGACAACAUGAAUUCUAGUCCGCUGACGUUGAACCGGGAGCAGACGAGCCUAACGCAGCUGUCCACCAUGUCGGCUGCGAGUGUGAUGACGACGGGAACGGACGGUAGGCCGAAGAAGCGGUUUAAGCGCCAGUUGUCUUCCUCCCCCAAUAACAAUCCGGACCCGACUUUUUGGUCGGACACCUUUCACAUUAUGGAGCGCAAAAAGUGGGACAACAAGCACUUCCUCCACCCGCGAUUCUUCUCCUGGUGGAUCCAGAAGAUGGGUUUCAACAGUUGCAGUGUGUACGAUCUGACCUUUCUGCAGCGGAGAAAAGAGCCGUUAGACUUGUACGACUGCCUAGAAAUUCUCCGGCCUUUACUGGAAAACGAAAAGUUCAUGAUCUCUCAACUGUUUGUCCUCUAUGUGAUCACGCCGCCCCGACCCCUCCGCACCUACAUCUCCGGACCCAAAGAGUUCCCGGAGGCGGACGCGCCGCGCGGGUAUUUGUUAUUAUCUUUCGACGAGGCGCAAGAGAUGGCGGCGCAGGGCCACGACCCGCACAAGGUCGAGGUGCUGAUGGGGCUGCGAGACGACGGGAAAUCCCGGGUCGACAUGGACGUGUUGUUGCAGAUCUUCUUAACACUCACCGCCUUCCCACGGGACCGGAUGGACCAGGAGUGCCUCGAGGACUUCAAGCUCGAUUUUGUCAACGCGUCGAUCGAAUCGACGGUGGAAGCGGGGGAGAAACAGCACGACGGCGGGGAAAAGAUCGCGCUCAACUUUUUCAACGUGGUCAAGAUGCUGAACAAGAUCCGGAUCGCAAGUGCGCUGGACGCGGAGAGGGGCAUUUUGAAAACGAGAAAGAAAAAAGCGAUGAGCAAGGUCAAGGCCAUGAUGAAAAUGGGAAUUCUGGGCGGCAUGAAAUCUUCAUGAGGAUUUUUUACUCGAUAAAAAUCAUAUUGAAGACACGAGUCGUGAUCUCGUUUCUGGGGCAUAGUUGUAGCGAAUUUUCAGCAGAUUAUUCGCGCUUUAUUCACUUUUUUCUACGAAUAUGUUUAUGUUUACUUACUUGUUUUCGCCUCUGUUUCAGUUCCUGUAAAACAUUUUCCAACUCCGAAGUGCGAGGAGCGUGCGCUCCUAGGACAGAGGGCAAGUAAAAUAAGUACUACACAGGGUUUGUUGAUGUUUAUGUGCAACAUUCAGUUGAGCAGAUUAUUCCAUGCAGAAACCCGUAUCAAAUCUUUUUGCUGGUGGGUGGAAGCCCCACUUUCACCCACGUUUUUGCCGAAUGGCUUCUGCUCCUCCCAAGUUUUAUUCCGCUUUCUCGUUGGAUGGGUGUGGAAGAUAGAUUUUGCGCUGCACCAUUGUGAACCUCUUUAAACUCUAUUCCGGACGGACCCCGUCGAUGCAUGCGAGAAGCAAGAAGCGCUGGAACAAGAUUACUUUUGUUUUCGUCAUUUCCAAUGGUUAAGUACUCAUUCAAU